AAAGUAUUAAUGAUGCAAGAAAAAGAAGAAAUAUCUUCUAAUAAUGAAUAGCCUAAUAAAAAUAGCAUGAUAAAAAAACAAAAAAAGAAAAAUGAAUAUGAUUAUCAUAGAAAAAAGCGAAGAGGCUCUGAUGGAACAAACAGUAAAAAAUCAGGUCAAAAAUUUUCGUAAGAUGAAGAUAAGCGUAUUUUGUAAUUAGUACUUAAUAAUGGACCUAAAUUUUAAAAGAUUCAUAGACAUUUCCCUGGAAAAACUUUGGCUAUGGUGAAAAAUCGAUAUUAUAAAUAUUUGCGCUUUAGAUGGGAAAUUUUAGGAGAGUAUCAUUUUAUUAAUUUAGAAAUUACAAACAUUUAAGUGUUCCAUAAGAAUAAUUGGAGACUUUGUGUGAGCAACAAAAAAAUGUGAGUAAUAUACUAAAUGCAGAAAAAGAUGAUCUCGUAUCUCAAAUAACAUCCCGAACUGCAUUACUAUAAAAUGCUCGAAUGUUUGUUGAAUAUUUAGUUGAAUAAUUAUUGUGAC